UAAAAAUUAAAAAAUGAGCUAAACUGAACUUUUCAACAAAUGGAGGAUGAAAUUGAGCUUUGAUCCUUACUAUUAUUAUUAUUUUUAUUAUUAGAUAAAAGAAAGGUCUUUGCAAUGAUUAAUUAAAUGCCAUGUGCAGCAAAGUUUCCUGAACGUAGAAGCCAUGUGAUGUGAUGUAAAAAUCAUAUGAUAUGAUUCCAAAAUGCAAGCCGUCCCUGUCAGUCCGAAUUUCCUUCCCGAUUUUCAUCACCCUUAUAAUAGAAAACUCAUAAACCAUCAAAACAAGCUGCUAAUACUCAUAACUGACUAAAAUUUAAGUUUUAGUAGAACUGUUUCCUCAGACUCUUCAAGCUCUUCCACCUAGUUUACAACGUUUCACAUUGCAUUGUUUCCAUCGCUAACAUUUCCCAUUUUUUUGUCUUGUUUCUCUUUUAUAUAUAUUUUCCUUAUCAGAAAAUUUCCUGGAAAAUGGAUCCUGCAGGUAAUCCUGAUGAUACGUACUCCAUCAGACAUAAGAAGGAGACAUGGAGGCACACACUCAUGCUGUCAUUUCAAAGCCUUGGAGUGGUUUAUGGUCGCCUGAGUACUGCCCCUUUAUAUGUCUUUGGGACAAUUCCGACGGAAGAUUUCCAAUCAGAUUCUGCAUUUGAAUACUUCUCAUUUAUAUUCUGGACUCUGACCGCCAUUUCUUUACUUAAGUAUGCUUUCUUAGUACUGAGAGCUGAUGACAAUGGAGAGGGUGGUACUUUUGCUUUGUACUCAUUAUUAUGCAGGCAUGCUAAAGUGGGUCUGCUUCCAGAUGAUAGAAGCACCAAGGAGGUCAUGCAUCAUGAAAGGGGAAGCCCUCUCAGGAUCAAGGCUGAAUCAAGGGCCAGAAGAGCUAUUGAAAAAUAUAGAAGCAGUCACUAUCUAUUGCUUUUUUCAGCACUCUUUGGAGCUUGUUUGGUAAUUGGUGAUGCAGUGCUUACCCCAUCAAUUUCAGUAUUGUCAGCUUUCGCAGGUCUUCAACGAGCGUUGUCACAAAUUAAAUAUUCAUCUUCACCAAUGACACAACAUUCCAUAUCAGUUGCUAUUGAAAGAUAUGUGCCAGUUGCUUUUGCAUGUGCUGUUCUUGUAUGCCUUUUCAUGCUGCAGCACUAUGGAACCCGUAAAAUCGGGUUUAUUUUUGCACCAAUUGUUACGAUAUGGAUCUUAUUCAUUGGUGGAGUGGGCUUAUAUAACAUUUUCCAUUGGAACCCUAAAAUCCUUGGUGCAAUCUCUCCAGUAUUUAUGUUCAAAUUUGUAAGAAAUAUUGACAAGAAGAGUUGGAAGUCAUUAGGUAGCAUUCUUCUUUGUGUUGCAGGAUCAGAGGCAAUGUUUGCAGAUUUGGGUCAUUUCUCAAAGAAAUCAAUCCAGAUAACAUUUGCCUGCUUGGUUUAUCCACUUUUAGUUUUUUGCUAUGCUGGUCAAGCUGCAUAUAUAUCUAAACACUUGCAUGCUUCUGAAGAUUUUAAUCAUCUUAGUAAAUCUGUUCCUGGUAAGUUGUUUCAUUGCUUUCAAUUUGGUUUAUUGGCUACGACUCAUGGGAUUUUGAAUCCUGACUCAUGGAAAAAUGCCAAUCCAGAACAUCUUGGUCAUGUCUUCAUAUUCUUGUCCCUGCUUGCUUCAGUUAUUGGAAGCCAAGCAACAAUAACAGCCAGCUUUUCCAUCAUAAAACAGUGCCUGGCACUUGGUUGUUUCCCUAGAGUAAAAGUUGUACAUACAUCAAAUAAUCUUCAUGGACAGGUUUAUAUUCCAGAUGUCAAUUGGUUAUUGAUGGUACUCAGUCUCACUGUCACCAUUGGUUUCCAUGACUUGCACAGGAUUGCAACUUCAGUAGGUCUGGCUAUUGUUUCUGGAAUGGUGGUUACUACUUGUUUGAUGUCUCUUGUAAUCGCUUUGCAUUGGGAGAAGACCUUGUUCAUAUCAGGAUGCUUUUUACUGUUUUUCGGAUUUGUUGAGUCUGUAUAUUUAUCAGCAUGUAUGCUGAAUUUUCACAAAGGAGGUUGGUAUCUACUCGUCAUUUCAGCAGUGACCUUCACAGUCAUGCUCGCAUGGCAUUACGGAACGAAGAAGAAAUAUGAGUUUGAUUUACAAAACAAGGUGCCUACAGAAUGGCUUACAGAUUAUAGCCCAGGACUUGGAGUUUGUAGAGUACCUGGAAUUGGUUUAAUCUACACUGAUAUAGUGUCAGGAAUCCCAGCUUUCUUCUCGCAUUUCAUUACAAAUCUUCCAGCAUUUCAUCAAGUGCUGAUCUUCGUGUCUUUUAAGUCACUGCCUAUCCCUUAUGUGCCCCCAAGUGAGAGGUAUCUUAUCGGCAGGGUUGGUUCCAAAGAUCACAAAAUCUACAGAUGCAUUGUAAGAUAUGGAUACUGUGAUCAAAUCAGGGAUACAGAUGAUUUUGAGGAGCAGAUUAUUCGUUCAAUCGGAGAAUUCAUUUCAUUAGAAGAAAAUGAUUCAGAGUCUCUGAUUUCUCCUGAAGGAAGAAUGAUGAUUGUUGGGAAGCCAUCCCCAGAUGGAAAGGCUUUGAUUCCAUUACAUGACAACAACUCCAUUAAUGUGGGGUCUGCAAACAUGGCAAAUGCUGAAACUUACAAAGGUGCAGCCAGUGAUUUGAUUGAGAAAGCUGGUCCUCUAUGCAGAAAAAAGGUAAGAUUUAUGUUGCCUGAUAAUUCUCCAAGGAUGAGGGUAUGUGUAAGGGAAGAGCUGCAAGAACUGGUUAAUGCCAGGGAAAGUGGGACUGCAUAUUUCUUAGGACAGUCGCAUUUAGAGCUGCGAAAGGACACGAAUUUCGUCAAGAAAUUCUUGAUCAUGGCCUAUGUUUUUCUUGAUAAAAACUGUAGAGAACCUCCUGUGGCAUUGAACAUCCCUCAUGCUGCUCUCGUGGAGGUUGGCAUUGUCUGUACCAUAUAACUUGUACACAAGGAUGUUACUGAUGUCUGUUAUAAUAGACUCUAUAAUCUAAUUCUAAUCUCUUUAAAUUAUUAAAUCAAAACCGGUUUGAAAUCGACUCAAACCGAAACAUAA